GGUGGCGAAAUGAAGAUUAAUAGUCGUCUGCUUUUUUGGAAGGAGAAUGAUAACAAUGAAUGGAAAAUUAUAAAAUAAGAUGGACAUUGAAGAGGAUCACUUAAAAGUAAAAGAUAUAGUUGGAUACAUUUUACUAAUACUUAUUUUAAUUAUAUACAUCACUAACCGGAUAAAAUUUAAAAAAAAUUUACCAAGUCUUCAAAAUAAACAUAUUCCUUAUGAAGUUAGCAUUUUGGCCAAGACAUCCUAUAUUCCAGAAAGAAGAAAAAAAUGCAUAAAAUUGAUCAGAGAAAAUAACUACGAUGUAAACUAUUCAACCUGCGAAGAUGAAUUCAAUCUUUUCUUGUCUGCAUGUUUCAGCGGAGAUCGUGAUUUGAUUGAAUUUAUGUUAACUAGAGGUGCAAAUAUCAAUACUACUAAUAGCUAUGGUGAUUCUCCUUUAUAUUUAUUCACAUAUGCUUAUCUUACUUAUGGCAAUGAUUUAGAUGCUUUUGACACAUUAAUUAAAGCCGGCUGUGACAUUAAUUUCCCUAAUAAAUAUGGUUACACACCUUUGCAUUUAGCUGCAGCCAAAGGCAAUUUUAAAGUAACAUCAAAACUGCUAAAAUAUGGUGCACUUCCUAGUAUCAAAAACAAAGCGGGAAUUCUUCCAAUACAAUCAGCGAUUGCGCAAGGUCAUAAAAGAAUUGCUGAUCUUCUCUCUUUGUUUUAAUUUCCGUAUUAUUUAUUUUUGUUAUAUGUUUUAAUAAUUAAACAUACAGUAGUACUACUGUCGAGUCCAUAUGAUGGGAAAUUCUUCAGAGACUGCACGA